AUGUCUGAUUUUAUGCUGGAUUGUAACUCAGCGGGCUGCAUCGGAGGUGCGGUUGCAUUGGUAGCUGCAACAACAUUAUUUGUGUUCAUCUGGUCUAGGAGGAAACGAUUCGCCUUGGCUAGCCCGGCGGCCAGCUGGGGAAAAGAUUUUGAAUUGGUUAAGAGAGAUAUCCCCAUGAGUUUGACAGUUUACAGCUAUGAGGAACUGGAAGAGGGGACUAAUGCGUUUGACAGGAGUAGGGAAGUGGGAGGCGGAGGCUUUGGCGUGGUGUACGUAGGGAAGCUUCGCGACGGGCGCAUCGUGGCAGUGAAGAGACUCCACGAGAACAACCCCAAAAGGCUGGAGCAGUUCCUUAAUGAGCUCAAAAUUCUCUCCACUGUGCGCCACCCGAAUUUGAUUCAACUCUUCGGCUACUGCCAUCAACGCAAAAAUCUGCUGCUUAUUUAUGAAUAUGUCCCCAAUGGUACCUUGUUCCACCAUCUUCACGGUGAAUACCCAGAAAGAGAAAAUGGUUUAUCUUGGAAGGCCCGGUUAAACAUUGCUUUGGAAACUGCGGAUGCUUUGGCCUACCUUCACUUUUCCGUUGAGCCUGCAAUUUUUCACAGAGAUGUGAAAUCCUCUAACAUCUUGUUGGAUGAGUAUAUGAAGGUAAAAGUGGUUGAUUUUGGGCUGUCAAGGAUGAUACCUCUAGAGACCACACACAUUUCCACAGCUCCCCAGGGGACGCCCGGUUAUGUAGACCCGGCCUAUUAUCAAAUGUAUGAGCUCACUGAUAAAAGUGAUGUUUACAGCUUCGGUGUAGUUUUGAUGGAGCUCAUCUCCGGGAAGAAGGCUGUGGAUAGAAGCAGAGAUAGCAAGGACAUUGGGUUGGCAAACAUGGCCGUCUCCAAGAUUCAAAACGGUACUUUGCAUGAGCUGGUGGAUCCAGAUCUGGAGUUUCAGAGCGGCCCUCUUAUAUAUUCAAUGGUUACAGGUGUUGCUGAGUUAGCCUUCCAGUGUCUGUCGUUGGAGAAGGACGACCGGCCGUGUAUGAUGGAAGUUGUGACUCAGCUUCAACGCAUAAAGCAGUUGGGUUAUGGGUGUCGCAACUGCCAGUGCCAGGCGUUGGGACAUAAUAGAGCGGACUUCGUUUCUUUCACGCCGCCAUUUUCUCCAAACACACCUCAACCAAUGUGCUCCACCUCCACCACCAGCUCUGUUCCACAAAUCACUGGAUGAUAAUUAUUAUACCAUACUUGGUAGUGCCUUGCUCUCUCAAUGGAUAUUUCUGUAUCUAAACGAA